AUGGCUUCUUCACCACCCUCACUCAACCAAAAAGUAGAGGAAAUAGCAGGAGGAAUUGGAGAGAAAUCCAUUUUAGUGGAAGAGAACGUUCUGCAGAAGCAUGCUGCAUUUUUUGACAUGAAUAGAGACGGUCUGAUUUACCCAUGGGAGACUUUCAAAGGGAUGCGUGAAAUCGGGGGUGGGAUUUUUUUGUCCUUUGGAAGUGCUAUUUUCAUCAACGUGCUUCUCAGUCAGGCUACUCGUCCUGGAAAGUUUCCAUCUUUGCUUUUUCCAAUUGAAAUUAAAAAUAUCCAACUAGGCAAACAUGGGAGUGACAGUGGAGUCUAUGACACCCAAGGAAGGUUUGUUCCUUCAAAAUUUGAAGCAAUUUUCAGCAAGCAUGCACAUAAAAAUCCAAAUUCUUUGACCUAUGAUGAGUUGAAGGAGAUGAUAAAGGCAAACAGAGAGCCUAGGGAUCUAAAAGGAAGGAUUGGAAGUUCUGCGGAAUGGAGCGCCCUCUACCACCUUGCUAAAGACAAGGAUGGGUUGCUGCAAAAGGAUACAAUCCGAGCAGUUUAUGAUGGAAGCUUGUUUGAACAGCUCAAGAACCAACACUCUUCUUCACCCAAAAAAAAUUAA